GAUUAGAAAAAAAGUAAGAAUCUGAACUGGGCCUAGAGUGCGAAGACCCAACUGCAGACCUCUUCUUUCUUUCCUGUUUUCUUUUCUUUCUGUUGUAUUGAUUCAUUGUUCUUCUUGUUUUUCUUCUUUCAUAGUGUUGUCACCAUUAUUCUUCGUUCGGUUCACAUUGAGCCUUUCUAUUUGUGCUUCGGCCAUCAUUUUGCGUUUACCGCGGGUCAAUUAAGGCUCGUCUCGUUGUUUGCCGCUUAAUUGCCAUAUCUUCUUUUUCUUCGUGGUUUCUUAUUGGUUUCUUGCUUCGCCUUCGGUGCUCGCGUUGUUUGUUGUCUCUCCGCUUGGGUACUGUUAGCCGUCGUCGUCUGCGUGCUUGCCUUCCUAGGCGCGGAGCGAUGGCCAGUGUGUCCAAUGAGGAGAGCCAUUUAUUAAGUUUUAGCUCUGUUUCUAAUAUCCAAAAUAGAAUAUCUUCGUCAAAGAAUUUGCUGGUAGCGAAGCAUACCGCAUAAGGUCCUUGUGGUCUCUUUCCCCACCUUCUUCAUAAAAUUAAUAGAUCUAGUUGUAGUUCUUAAUCUCAGCGUGAGUGGGCCGUUUGAGCUAGCUUAAACGGGCGCUCACUGCAGAGAUAAAGGACGAAAGAGAAAACUGAGAAACUCGAGAUUAGCAAAAAGAUAUGAGUCUGUGCUGGUCCUAGAGUGCGAAGACCCAACUUAAGCUCUCUUCUUUCUUUCCUGUUUUCUUUUCUUUCUGUUGUAUUCAUUGUUCUUACUUCUUGCGUUUCUUCUUUCUUGGUGUUGUCGCCAUUUCUUCGUUCGGGUGAAGCUUCAAGGUUCUUUUUUUUCCCAGCCCACCCAUCCCGGUUAGAGGUUCUAGAAUCGUGGCUCGUUAGGCUGGCGCUUAGGCAAAAGCUUACCCUCGUUUCUGUCAGUCACUUUCUGGGGUGGUUCGUUUCCCGUCUAGUUUUUUUGUUGAUGUUGUUUUGGUUUGUGUCUACAUUAAGUUUUGCACUUCAAGGCGGGAGUGAUGCCUCCCCAGAUUCUUAUUUACAUGAGUGAUUGCCAGACUGUGCCUGGUGAGAUUGAGAGGAAGCAAUCAGUUCUUGUUCUUUUGGAAGUUAGCGUGCUUCGUUUUGAGAUAGGAGGACUAAGCAUUGCUGUUUCUAUUUGAAAAGUUGGCAAAUUGUCGCGAAUUAUCGCCGAGGAUGAUACUGAUAGCCUCUGAGUGAGAGAAACAGCUGUGACGGAUUUAGAAAAGAAGGCUGUUGAAGAUUGAGUUUAGUGUUGGU